GCGUUCUAUAGCAGGUUCUCAACGGCGAGCGCUCCCCGUCCGCCGCCUCCGUCGGACUCCUCCCCUCUCCUCUUCUCCCCCGUCUCGCGGCGGCGGCGGUGGUCGUAGGGGAAGGAGCAGGCUCCUCGCUUGAACUCGAUCCCCUCGCUCUCCGGUAAGGUCUACAUUAGCGAGGAUUUGAUUAUUUCCCGUGAGAAUGAAGCGCAUGCAGAGAAUGCCAACGAAGAAGUCCCAUUCAUGGUGGUGGGACAGCCAUAUUAGUCCCAAAAACAACAAAUGGUUAGCUGAUAAUCUAGAAGAGAUGGAUAAGCAAGUUAAAGAGAUGCUUAAGCUCAUCGAGGAUGAAGGAGAUUCUUUUGCAAAGAAGGCUGAAAUGUAUUACCAGAGGCGGCCUUUGCUUGUCACUCAUGUUGAAAAUUUCUAUCGUAUGUACCGUUCUCUCGCUGAGCGUUACGACAAUGUGACUGUGGAAUUACGAAAGAACAUCCCUUCGUCUCUACAAUCACAGGGCUCAGGUAUAUCUGAAUCUGAUUCUGAGGCACAGUCUACUUCCCCAUCUCCUGAGAAAAAAAAGACACCAAAACAGAAGAGUAAAAUAAGAGCAGCUGGCUUUGACGUCUUCCUUGGUUCUGGUGGAAGCUCAGACAUCUCCAAAAAGGGUAGUGAUGGAUCAUCAUCAUCUUCUUCUGAAUCUGAUUCCGAGGUUGAUGAAGUGGGAGAAGAAAAUGGCAAUGGGGUUUCUUAUGCACUGAAUGAACGGAUUAUUGAGCUAGAAGAUGAGCUUCAGGAAGCAAGGGAGAAACUUGAGGCACUUGAGGAAAAGAAUGUGCGCUGUCAAUGUGAAAAACUUGAGGAGAAGUUGCUGGCUUCACAGUCUGAAAUCAACAGCCUUCAGAAGGAUCUUGAAGAAAAAGUCUCUUGUUUGGAGAAUCUCAAAGAAGUUACCAGCGGAAAGGAGGAUUUGGAAGCUGCGGCUCUGGAGAACAAGAACACUAUCAAGGUUUUAGAAGGAGAAAUGGCCUCAGCAGCUGAGCAUUACGAGCACCAACUUUCAUAUCGUGACCUUGAAAUUGAGAAGUGCAAGCAGGAGCUUGAGCAGGUAUCUCAGAAGUAUUCCCAUGAUAAGUCUACUCUUGAGACUGAAAUAAAGAAGCUCCAAGAAGCAGUCAAGAAUCUGGAAGGGGACCUAGUGAAAAUGUCACAAGAGAAAUUACAGCUUGAGGCCCAGGUUAUGGAGCUUGAACAAACAUCUCACAGCCUAAAUGAUUCAUCUGCUGAGAUUACGAAGCUACAAAAACUUAUCAAGGAUCUGCAAGCAAGAUUGGAGAAUGAUUCAAAUGAGAAGAGAGUACUUGAGGAACGUGCUAUCAAGUUUGAGCAAAUUCAUAGGGAGCUCGAGCAUUCAAGGGCUGAAACUGUGGAGCUACAAAAUACAAUCAAGAACCUGAAAGGUGACCUAGAAGGAGCUUUUCAAGAGAAAUCAAAGUUGGAGGGCUGUGUCAAGGAUCUGGAACAGGCAAUUGCUCAUAAUUUGGAGAAAUUCUCGCUUGAAAAGUCCCCUCUUAGUGCUGAGAUCUUACAACUGUCAGAAGCUAAUGCUUCUCUUGAAGGCAAGUUGACAUCCACAGAGGAGCAGCUUAAGCAACUUCAUGCCGAGAAGGGAGAAGCAUCCCUUGAGAGUGAGAAGCUGAUCUCUGAAUUGAGUCAAGAUAUUGACAACCUUAAGACAAAGCUCGAGUUAUUGUCUUCAGAGAAAGCUGCAGUUGAUAACAAGGUGUCUAGUUUGCUGACUGAUCUGACGACUCGCGAUGAAAAGAUAAAUGAGAUGGGCAGCCACUUGCACCAGCUUCACCUGGAGCAUGUCAAGCUGAUCGCAGAGGCAGAUACCGCCCGGCAGUCCGUGUCGGACCUCCGUGCACAGGUGCAUGAGCUCGAGGAAGAGGUUGAGAAGCAGAAGCUUAUGAUAUUCGACAGCGCAGAGGGGAAGCGGGAGGCGAUCAGGCAGCUCUGCUUCUCGCUUGAUCACUACCGUCAUGGGUAUCAGCAGCUCCGGCAGGUUCUGCAGGGCCACAAGAGGCCAAUGGUGAUGGCAACUUGAUCAGUCAGCAGCCUGCUGGAUGCCUAAAGUCAAUCUGUCAAUGCAAUGUAAACUUCCUUUUUCCUCCCCCUUUCUUCAUGUAGCUUGUGCUCCUUAAGGUAAAGAUGUGCUGUUUAGUUACUUCAGCUACUGGUACUGUAUGUGUGUGUUAUGUAAUGAGUUUAUGGAUAAUCAUGGCAUCUCUUUUUUAUUCAAUCUAUUUGUUAAUGCUGUGAGUCGGUGAAAAUGAUUGCUGUGUUGCUCUUUCAAA